AUGCCUAUCAGCAAAAAGGAUCGCAUCUCGCGCGAACACAAAAAGGCAGAAGCAGCUGGUACGAGAGUGCCUGUCAAUCCGAACGGCACACCCAAGAAACCUGCGAAAGAGAAGUCGAUAUGCGUCUUCUGCCGUAAAGAGUUGGCGCGUGACAACAAGAAGAUACUCGAGUACGUUGAGGAGCGCAAGCCAUGUCAUAUCAGGCGUCGUGCAGCACGCGAGCACGCACAGCGACGACUGGACGAAGGAGAAGUGUUGGCCUAA